AUGAAAGAAUAUAUUUUAUUUCAAAAUUCUUCAAAUAAUAUUUAUACUUUUGAAAGCUAUGAAAAAAUAAUAGUUAAAAUUACGUUUAUCGCUAGUACCAUAACAUUUUUUUUCUCAAUAUUGUCAAUUGUAUUUGUUAAUAUGUUUCCACAAGAUGAAAAUAAUAAAUAUGUUGAUAUUAAUAUAAAUAUAAAAGAUGAGAAAAAACCUAAAACAUAUUUAUAUAUACAAAAAGAUACUUCCUCAUUUUCUAACACAGAAAUUGAUAAAAGUGAUAGUGAUACUUGCAAUGAUACUUUUAAUUCUGAAAAUGAAAAGGAGAAGGAAAUAUCAGAAAAUAGAGAAAAAGAGAUAGAAAUGAAUAAGGAAAGAGAAGAAAUGAAUGAAAAAGAAAAAUUAAAAAAAGAGGAUAACGUAGAAGAAAAAGAAAAAGAAAAAACAACAAAUGAAAAGCAACAGGAAAAUGAAAAUGUAAUAGAUAAGGGAGAGAGCAUAAUUCAGAAUAAAGAUGAAGAAGAAUAUAAAGAAAAACAGAACAAAGUCAUAAGAAUAGUAAUUCAAUAG